UUGAAAGAAGGUGUGAGUGUGCGUACUUCUCUCGUGCGAUUUUGUGAGUGACAUCGGAAAAGAAAAGCGAAUUGAUAGUGCCGAAGAUUAUACCAAGGAUAUAUACACCCCUUUUUGGAUACAGCAAGAUGUACUUGUGAAUUUUGUGAUGUGUUUUCAAAUUUGGUGCCAAGGAUGCUGAAACACGUGACCUACCGCUCCACCUCGUCCUUGGGCCGCUCGCCCACAGAACUCACCUGCCGGGGCUCGAGCGUGUGCCCCGACACCCUCAGCCUCAAGGGCGACAUCUCCCCCUCGUCCCCCGAGAUGACACUCAAGGGCAAGAGCAUGAUUUCGUCUCCAGACACGCUGUCUCUCAAGGACGCGUCUCUCUCCGACCUCAAGGGCUUCUCUCCGGACUCGAUCAGCCUUCACUCGACCCUCAGCUUCUCCUCCUUGGCCAUCGGGAGGUUGUCCUCGAGGUGCUCCUCCACCGCAUCGCUGAACGAGCCGCAGACGACGCCCGUGAAGGUCUACCUGCGCUCCCUGCGUCCUGAUAUCGAGUACAAGACCGUCAGCCUCUCGUCCUCCACAACGUGCCGUCAGCUGAUCCUCAUGCUCCUGGCCAAGUUCCGUCUGCGCCACCGCGACCCCAACCUGUUCUACGUGACGAUGGAGGUCGUGGUUCGAGGGCCAGGGGGAGGCGCCCCUGCUCGACGACUCCUGGUGCUGGACGACCAUGCGUGCCCGGCGGAGCUGCAGCAGUGUCGUCCCCGCGGGGAGGCUCGCUUCAGCGUGGGCGUCCGGCGCGGCGGGCUGCUGCGCGUGCACGACUCCAUCCUCAUGCCCGGGUCGCAGUACAAGUCGCUACUGGUGUCGUACCGCACGACGGCGGAGGAGCUGGUGCAGCUGCUCCUCAACUGCUACAGCAGCAAGGAGAACCCCAAGAACUACGCGGUGCACGAAGUCAACAAGAACCCGUACAGCGACCGGCCGCUCGAGCCCGACGAGUUCCCGCUGCUGGUGCAGAGCGAGUGGCCCAGAGCCUCCCGCCACAACUACGCCUUCGUCCUGCGCAGAAACGUCUCCUACACCCUCAGCCUCAAGUCAAGAGUCUCGUGGAGAAGGAGCCUGGACCAGUCGAGCACGGACACCGAGUCCGAGCACGAGGACCACAACACGACCAUCGGCAGCCUCAUCUCCACCUCCAGCGUCUCCUCCGCCCUCAGCAUCUCGUCCAGCGGCAGCGACUCCUCCGAAGGCUCCUCGUCAGGAGUGUCUUCCAUGGCGUCUCCGAUCAUGUCCCUGGCGUCCCUGAAGGGCGCUCUCCCCGUCACGACGCCCACGUCAUCGGCGACGUCUUCUCCCGUCGCGACCCCGGCGUCGUCCGCGAAGUCGUCCCCCGUCGUGUCCCCGGCGUCGUCCCCCGCCAAGAGCGCGAGUUCCGGCGACGCCAAAGCGCCCGCCGCCGACGCGUCCAAACCCCAGAUAACGACGACGACGACGACGAUAACGACGACGACCCAAGCGUCGAAGCCCCCCGUGCCUUCCCCCGCGCCGCAGGGCUCCUCCCCGGCAGGAGACAAGCCCGUGGCGCCGAAGCCCGUCCCGAGGACCAUCCUCAACAUCAUCACCGUGACGGGCAAGAUCGUCUCGACGCCGCAGCAGAGGGGCCAGCCCGCGCCCCCCGCCAGCCGGAGCGAGAGCAGCAGCCUCCCGAAACCCAUCAUUAUCUCGACGACGCUCGCGCCAUCGUCUUCAGCCUCGCCCUCUCCCUCUGCCUCAGCCUCCCCAGCGAAGGCGAUCUCGUCCUCGGCCUCGUCGUCCUCUCUGGCGACGCUGGGCAGCAGCUCUCAGCCCGAGGAGCCGCCGCUGCCCAAGAGAAGGUCGUCCUGCUGCCCGAAUUACGAGAACUGCUUCUACAUCUGAGCGCCGCCUCUCGCCAAAGAUGCCCCAUGCCAAAGAUUUGAUGCUCAGAGCGACGGCUGUCCUCGUGUUGAUACCAGUGGAGACGAGUCAACCCUACGACUCGUAUAUACGCACAUUUAUAUAUAUAUAUUUCUCGAAAAUACAAUAUCAGAAGAUUGUGUUCCGAGAGAAGAGAGAAAAGCGAAGCUAAAUAAGUUUAAGGUCCCUGUUUUUUUCGUACGUGAAGGCAAGGAACGUGUUAUGGAGCUGCGAGAUUAUUGCUUUUCCAGUGAGUCGAUGGAGGAGGUCCUUUCUUUCGUGCCUUCAGUGCCGCCAGAGGUCACGUGAAAGGGGCAAGUGCGACGCGUAGUAAUAAAAAUAAUUAUCAUGGUUCAUUCUCUCUCUGUCUGUCUGUCUUUGUCUUUGUCUCUUUCUCUCUCUCUCUUUCUUUCUUUCUUUCUUUCUCUUUUUCUCUCUUUCUCUCUUUCUCUCUUUCUCUGUUUCAUUUAUUUUUUACUGUAUCACCAACAUGCCAUUGUAAGAAUUGCUUAGAAACAGCGGCGUGAAAAGUUCACGGACAUCCGCUGUUUUCAAGAAGUAAUACGUGUCGAUUCUUUGUUUAUAAGCUGUCAGUUUUUUGUCUUUCUUUUCGCCCCGUCUUUCUUUCUAUCUUCCUGUCUUUCUUUCGUUAUCGCUAUUCAUCAUUUCCCUUAAAGUGUGUCACCAGCUUUCUUGCGCCUCUUUCCGCGUAGCUCAGACCUCGCUCUUUCCGUGUCUUGUCGACGUCGGAAGAGGAGAGAGAGAGAGAGAGAGAGAGGAGGAAGAGGAACAGGAGAAGGAAGGAGAGGAAGAGGAGACAAGAAAACAAUCGCGUUGCGUGCGAAACUCCAGUUCUUCUUCCUCCUCUUAGUGUGUCAGUUCUUUGUUGUGAACUGAGCUUAAUAUCGUCAGUGAGUAGGUGUUCUGUUGUUACAGUGAGUG